GCUCUUACGUUGGCAUGUGGGUUGGAAGACAAAGUCUGAAGAGAACAUGGAAAUAAUUCAAUAACCUUCAAAACUCUGUAUUCUUGCACUCAUUCAUAAAUUAAAAUUAUUUCUUAGCUAUCUCAUCUUGCAGUACCUCACAUGUUCCAUCGUUACCUUAGACCCUCUGUUCCCUUAUUUAAACCCAAACCUUUUGUGGAUUCAAAUAACAAACAAUAUAUGUAAAUACAAUUACAAAUUCCAUUUUUGUAUUGUAUCCUUCUACAAUCCUUCACAUUGGGUUUUAAGCAUUCAACAUAUUAAUUAGCAAGAUCAAAAUGACCAAAGUUAUGUUUAUUUUGGGCACACUCAUUGGACUAUGUUGUUUCACAAUAAAUUCCUAUGCCUUCAAAGCUUCUGGAUGGACCAAUGCUCAUGCAACUUUUUAUGGUAGUGAUGCGGAAGGCACUAUGGGAGGAGCUUGUGGUUAUGGGAAUCUGUAUUCACAAGGGUAUGGGACAAGAACAGCUGCAUUAAGUACUGCUUUGUUUAAUGAUGGAGCUUCAUGUGGGCAAUGCUACAAAAUCAUUUGUGAUUAUAAGACAGACCCAAGAUGGUGCAUAAAAGGAAGAUCUAUUACCAUAACAGCCACAAAUUUCUGUCCUCCAAAUUUUGAUCUUCCAAACGACGAUGGAGGUUGGUGCAACCCACCUCUAAAGCAUUUUGAUAUGGCACAACCUGCUUGGGAAAAGAUUGGAAUCUAUAGAGGAGGGAUCGUCCCUGUCUUAUUUCAAAGGGUUCCUUGCAAAAAGCAUGGAGGAGUUAGGUUCAGUGUGAAUGGAAGGGACUACUUUGAGUUAGUGUUGAUCAGCAAUCUGGCUGGUGCUGGUUCAAUCCAAUCUGUUUCCAUUAAAGGUUCCAAAACUGAUUGGAUGGCUAUGUCAAGAAAUUGGGGUGCAAAUUGGCAAUCCAAUGCUUAUUUGAAUGGUCAAUCUAUGUCCUUCAAGGUCACAACUACCGAUGGAGUAACCAGAACUUUCCAAGACAUUGUUCCUUCCAAUUGGGGAUUUGGUCAAUCUUUCUCUAGCAAGAUCCAGUUCUAAAUAACCCCCAAAAUUAAUCAUAAGGAUAAGGGUUCUCUAAAGUUAUGGGUUUUGGGUUUAAUUUUGGAUUCAACAUUUUCACAUAAUCAUUAGAAAAUUUCUCAAUUCGCCCCAGCUCAAAAUAAAAAUACUAUCAGAAGCGUGCUUCCGAUAAAAUGUCGCAUUUUUGGACGGUGGUUGAGCAAUCACCAGAACGGCUGAGGCAUGCUUUUUUAUUUUACUGGAGCAGCCCGCCACCCUUCUUCUGAAUUAAGCCAUAUGGCUUGCAUUGCAUGAAUUGACAAUCAUCAUCCUAUCAAGCAUGUAGAAAUUAAUAAGCAUUUUUCUAGUUUCUAUAUUUUAUAUAUAUAUACUAUUAAACUCAUUGUUGUAAUAUGAAUAGUACUAUUGUUCUAGCUUUACUGCAAGAAUUGGGAAAUUAUUGAUUUCCUAAGAUUUUAAAUUUAUAUAGAGUCUUGUUCAUUGUCUAUGUUUUUUUAUUUAUUAAUUCUAUGUAGAAUUUCUUCCUCUA